AUGGUUGAUAUUCUUGGUAGUGCUGGGAAAUUUGAUGAGGUUGAAAGCUUCAUUGAGACAAUGAAACUGACACCAUAUGCCAUUAUUUGGGAGACUGUUCUUGGUGCUUGUAAGAAGUAUGGAAAUGUGGAUUUUGGUGAAACAGCUGCAGGAAAGCUUUUUGAGCUUGAACCUGAGAUGGAUUCGACUUAUAUAUUGUUGUCAAAUAUCUAUGCAAAUAAAGGUAGGUGGGACGAUGUUAGAAAAGUCAGGACAUUAAUGUCCGGCCAGGGUAUUAAAAAGGAGCCUGGUUGUAGCUGGGUUGAAGUUGAUGGAAAAGUUCACACUUUUGUCUCUCAUGAUGGUUCGCAUCCAAAAAUCAAGGAAAUCCAUCUGAAAUUGGAGGAACUAGGUGAAAAGCUGUCUUCAGUUGGUUAUGUACCAGACACAGAGAACGUUCUCCAGGAUAUCACCCAGCGAGAAAAAAAGAAACAUCUCCAAUAUCACAGUGAAAAGUUGGCUCUUGCAAAUGCCCUCCUAAGCACCGAUCCUGUAAAAACUAUUCGUAUUUUCAAAAAUCUACGCAUAUGUGGGGACUGCCAUGAUGUUAUAAAGCUCAUCUCAGACAUCACAAAUAGGGAGAUAAUUGUUCGUGACAUCAAGCGGUUUCAUGAUUUUAAGAAUGGCACUUGCUCCUGUCAAGACUCCUGGUGA